UUACUUUUAUAGGGGCAAUGGAUUCAUUUGCAAGAGGAUUGAAAAAUGCUGCAAAGAUAAUAUCAGAUGGUGUUUUUGAGAAAUCACUAAAAAAGCGGUAUAUAAGCUUUGAUUCAGGUAUAGGAGCUAAGAUUGCUUCAGGAACCAGCAGUCUUGAGGAAUGUGAGGAUUAUGUGUUUAAACAUGGAGAUCCAAAAGUUCAGUCUGGACACCAGGAACACUGGGAAGCGAUGCUAAACCAUUACUUGUGAUUGGUGAAUCAGGCCAUCCUGCUUUGGAAAACUGAAGAGAUUACUGACAGAUGUCAACAUUAAAUAGCUCAAAAAAAAUGUGUAAACUAGUUUCAAAUGAUCAGAAAUAAAGUGGCAAUGCAGAAUUAAAGUAUC